AUGGCCGGUGGACAUGUUGGACCGACGGGCGCUAGCGAGAACGCCGGUCCGAAAGAGAGAGAGAGAUCGUGGGAAAUCGAGAAUUCUGUAUUGUGCACCCAGGCCGCUGUCUUCGCUCCCGCUGAGCCGAGCGUGGAAGUCAACACUACUCUCAUAAUGAGUCAUGACGACACUUCAGAGCAGCCCGUGGAGAUCGGGGGAACUGUGGAGUUGUCAGUGGACCGAGUCAGCUUCACCAAGUACCUGAAGGAGAGGGAGGAGAAAAGACUGCAGAGCCUUUUCUGGGUUAAUUUUGGAACGAUGGCGGAAGCGAUGGGACACAAUUUGUUUGAGAUCAAAGGUCAAACGGAGACUUACCUCAAGGAGCAUUCCUCCACAAUGUUGCCAUUCCUCACGGUAAAGACAGAGAUGCCGUCCAGCGGAGAUAGUGACUCCCCAGAGGUCAAGACGGAAGAUACGAGUGAGAGAGCGACGUCCUGA